UUCAGCUCAGUCCACCGUUACGCGCUCCGAAUCUCUCUCUCUCUCUCUCUAGAAAAUUACAAAGAGACGUAAGACUUACGAGUUUAGACUACAGAUAGAGAGAGAGAGAGAGAGAGAUAGGGGAGAAGGGUCUUCUUCUAUACCGUUCGGCGUUCGCUACCUCAUUUCCCACAACUAUUUGUUUUUGCUUAAUCACGAAGCAUAAUCGGAGAACGCUAAAAGCAUCGGCCGUCAGAAACCGAUCGGAGAAAUGGUUCAACAGAAGGCGCUGAUCUAUGCGUUCGUGGCGCGUGGCUCCGUGAUACUGGCGGAGCACACUGAUUUCAGCGGGAACUUCAACUCCAUAGCCUACCAAUGCUUGCAGAAGCUUCCUGCCUCCAACAGCAAGUUCACCUACAACUGCGAUGGCCACACCUUUAACUACCUCGUCGAUAACGGCUUCACUUACUGUGUGGUUGCGGAAGAAUCAGCAGGAAGGCAGAUCCCCAUAGGUUACCUGGAGCGCAUCAAGGAUGACUUUGUAUCUAAAUAUGGCGGUGGAAAGGCAGCAGCUGCUGCUGCUAAUAGCCUUAACAGGGAAUUUGGGCCUAAAUUAAGGGACCAUAUGCAAUAUUGUGUUGACCAUCCUGAGGAGGUGAGCAAACUUUCAAAGGUGAAAGCUCAGGUGUCAGAAGUCAAAGGUGUCAUGAUGGAGAAUAUUGAGAAGGUUCUAGACCGUGGGGAAAAGAUAGAGCUUCUCGUGGAUAAGACAGAGAAUCUUCAUAAUCAGGCACAGGACUUCAGAAACACUGGCACACAAAUCCGGAGAAAAAUGUGGCUGCAAAACAUGAAGAUUAAGCUGAUUGUAUUGGGAAUUAUAAUUGCGCUAAUCCUCAUCAUAGUGCUCUCUGUUUGCCACGGGUUCAACUGCGGAAAGUGAGCCUUUUUUGCCAUGAUAUACUCGGAGGCACUCAACUUUGUGUUGGCAUAUGCACCACUGAAAUCUUUCGUUUUGAAGCCAUAGGAACCGUUUGAUCGAUUUGCAACCAUUCUUCUAUAGUAUAUCUGUAAAUGCCUUUCUUUCUUUCUUUGGUCUUUUAUUUGAUUUGAUUUUAUUUUCUUUUAUUUUGGAACCUUUGGUCUUUUAGUUGAUAUAUAUUGGUAUUUUCAUUUCAGUUUACAGAAUACAGAUAUGUUUUGCAUUUU